CCAAUAUGAGCCUCACUUCGCUGCAGCCGACGCGCAACUCAGUCUGCCGCGUCGCCGCAUCCAUGUUCACGGUGCUGCCGACGGAAUUAGUUAUGUUUAAGCCGAUAUUUGAAAUAUUUCCAGGUUUAGUCCAAUAGGCGUUGCCUGGUACCGUGUGAAGUGUACGCCGAAUUUCUUCCUUCAACAGCUUUUGUGAGAUGUUCUUCAUUUACCAUGGCAAGGGGUCUGUUUCCAUGGGGGUUGUUUAGAAAGCCUCUGUUCAUCCAGGCCAAAUUUUCCUACCUGCACAUGAAGUACCUGUUCUUUUCCUGGCUGACAUUGUUUGUGGGGAGCUGGAUAGUUUAUGUUGAGUACUCGUCCUACACAGAGCUGUGUCGUGGGCACGACUGCAAAAAUUCAAUCUGUGACAAAUACAGGAAAGGAGUCAUUGACGGCUCGGCCUGCAGCAGCCUAUGUAAGAAAGAAACGCUUUACCUGGGGAAGUGCUUCACUGCCAAGCCUAACAGCCAGGUGUAUUCUGGAAGCUGGGGAGACCUGGAGGGAGUCAUUAAGUGCCAGAUGGAGGAGGCUCCUCAUUAUGAUUUGGGAAGCGAGAUGGAGCCCAGGAAGGAGGCUUUGGUCUUCAACAAGCCCACCAAGGGGACCUCUGUGGAAAAGUUUAGAGAGAUGAUCCUCAACCACCUUAAGGCUAAAGUGGGGGAUCAGGCCAACCUUGCUGACCUGGCAACCCAAGUAUUGUCUAUAACAGAUGCCAAUAAAGAUGGUCAUAUCUCACUGCCCGAGGCUCGCUCUACCUGGGCACUGCUGCAGCUCAAUGAAUUCCUGUUAGCAUUAGUCCUGCAAGACAGAGAGCACACACCCAAGUUACUGGGCUUCUGUGGAGACCUGUAUGUGAUGGAAAAGGUGCCAUACUCUCCCCUGUACGGGAUCAGUCUACCCUGGAUCAUCGAGAUGUGGAUUCCUGCUGGUCUGCGCCGCAGCAUGGACCAAUGGUUCACCCCCUCCUGGCCACACAAGGCCAAGAUCUCCAUUGGACUGCUGGAACUGGUCGAGGACGUUUUCCAUGGCACUUUCGGCAGCUUCCUCAUGUGCGAUGUGAGUGCCACCAGUUUUGGCUACAAUGAUCGGCAUGACCUGAAGGUGAUGGAUGCACGGUACAUUGUUCCUGAAGCCAUUUUCCAAGAAAACAUUAGGCAGAAACGCUGCGAUGUGGACGAGGAUUGUCUUUACGGGGCAGACUGCCUCACUUCCUGUGACCUCACCAAGCACCGUUGCACACCCGAGGUCACCAGGCCAAACUUAGCCAAAGGCUGUGAGGCACUCAAGGACUACAUUCUGAGAGGUGCCCCAUCUGAUGUCAAGGAGGAGCUUGAGAAGCAGCUGUACGCUUGCAUUGCACUGAAAGGUUCGGCAGAACAGAUGGAAAUUGAGCACUCACUUAUUCUAAACAAUCUCAAGACUUUGCUAUGGAAGAAAAUCUCUCACACAAAAGACUCCUAAUAAAUGACAAGCUCUCAGAAGCACAAAGAUUACUUUUUUAUAUUAGUCUUUUCACUGUGGAAACAAGCAUAUGACUCCCCUUAUCUUAACGUGUAUUAUCUUGAAGCAGUUGUAAAGGAAUGUCACUUUCUGAUUUAAUCACAAGAAAACUGUUAAUAUACACUGGAGCAAAAUGAGAACUUUUUUUAAAACCCUGACAAUGGGAAACCAAUGAAUUUGACAUUAUCGAAAGAAUCCCAACAGAGGUCGACCUUUAUGUUAGAGUCAGAUCCUUUAACAUGAAAACAAAACUAUCAAAAGCCAUUUUAGUUCGUCUUUCCAUGUUCCAACAAUCACCACCCUGGUAUGCUUGAAAUAAACCCUUAAUUCAUGCAUUUACAUGUGAAAAUAUGCUGGCUCUAUAUACAUUAAAAGUAUUAAAAAUAGAGUCUGCAGAGUUUGGCGCUUUCAUUAAACUAAAAGAUCUUACUCUUUAACAGAAAGGUCUCUCUGUAAGGGGUCCUUUCCUUAAUGUUGUCACACUUAGAACAAUCUGAGCCCAGCGUCCUCACCCAAUACUGGACCAAUUUCAACACUUUCGUUUAAAUUAGUCAAAGCAUGGGAUAAUCGAGUCCAGGUAGAAAAAUACCAAAAUUACCCUUCAACUUUGAUUCACCUCAACGCUCUGAUUCAACUACCUCAGACAAAUGACAUGUCUGUUUAGAAGGUAUGUUUGCAGAAAUGAUUUCAUUGCACAAGUUAUUUUUUUUUUUAUGAUAACCAAAAUCAGCCUAUAAACCAUUUUUAACUA